GCUACUCGCGACUUCAUGUUCUUCGACGAUGACCUGUUGGAUGGACAAGGAGGCGCAGAAGGCGCUGAUGUCAGCGACGUCGAGACGCUCUCGCUUACGGGAGAAGGCUCUGGCGCGGCAUCGAAUGACACCGUGCAGACUUUGGAAGUGUCGUCCGCUCCGCGACGAAAGAGAGGCUCCCGUGGUGGAGCCGCCUCUACUCCGGGUGGUGGAGGCAAGGACAACCAGGAGAAGCGUUGGCGCUCUGGCGCCAUUCCUACUGCUCCCUCCUUCGACGGCGACAUCGAGAAGGAUCCCUACUGCCUGCGGCACUACCGCAGGAAGCUCAAGCGAUGGAUCCUGAUCACCAAGGAGUACCUGCCGCCUAACGAACAGGCGCUUCGAGCUCUGGAACAACUUCGUGGCGAGGCUGAGCUCGAGCUGGAGGAAGUGGAUGAUUCCAAGUACGACCGCAAGAAUGGAGUGGAGAUCUUACUCAAGGAUCUUGAGGAGUCCUUCGGCGAGCGCGAACUCUUCAGGCAGGGCGGCACGAUCAGGGAGUUCGAGCAGAUAGGAAGACUUCAAGGCGAGAGCGUGGCAGCCUUCAUCAGGCGCUUCAGGCUUUUGGAGCGCAAAUUGAAGGACAACCACGUCCCUGCGUACCCCGAGCAGGCCCGUGUGGUGAAGCUACUGGACGGCCUGCGACUCGACGAGCGCUCCAUUUCGGCAGUGCUUUUGGCCGCUGGCAAUCAGUACAACAUGUCUAAGGUGCUGGAAGCCCUGAGGAUACAGUAUCCUGCGGGGCUAAGCAUCACAGGACUUCCCCGUCCCCGGCACGAUCCUCGGCCUCCCCGUACCAGAACGACCGCUUCUUCCUCGAGGGCGAGUUUGUCGAGCGCUUCCACUCGAUCCACGGCUACCUCGAGAAGUUCUGGUUCGCGCAGAUGGAGGCAAUGGAACACUGCCUGGGAUCAUGAGGAGCACGACUGGCCCAACGAGGGCGGCCCUGAGGAGGUUCUGGAAACUCUGCCGUCUAUGGCAGAGGGAGAUGAAGAAGACGUUGGUGAUGAUCCGGAGGCCAUCGUGGACCUCCCUGAAGAAGAGCAGUACGACUACUAUGACAACGACGACCCCAACGUCGAGGAAACGGAGGCUCCCGGCGACUGGGCCGAUGAACCACAGGACGAUGUUUUGCUGGCAGCGGCGCAAGCUCUGACGGUGACUUCGCGCAAGCUGGCAGGUUUGGUCCAGGCUCGCGGCUACUAUCGCAGCGACUCCUCGAAGGGCAAGGGCAAAAGCAAGAGCAAGGGCAAGAAGGGUGCCCACGCCUCCAAAGGCAAAGGCUCCGGUGCGGGCAAGGGUCACGGCGGCCCUUCCCCAAAGGGUCACGGCUCCAAGGGCAAGGGCAAGAUCGACCGCAACUCUGCUGUUCAACAACAGAGGCUUCAGGGCAGCUUGUGUCUGGGUUGCGGCUCAGCAGACCACUGGCUGAGAGACUGUCCCAAUUUUACAGUGCAGAAUGCUCAGCUGGCAUCAGCCAGCCUGCCGGGGUUGACGCUGGACCCGGAUGGACUGGUCAACACGACCUGGAUGGUUUCCUCUUCGGGUGCCGAUGGCAUCAAGGAGGCAACGACGCACCAGACCAAGCCGAAGGAAAAGAAGGUGUCGUUCCGCUUGCCGCCGUUGUCGGACUUUGAGCCCAAGCUUCACCAAAGCCCUAGCAUCCUCCUCCAGUACCACGAAGGUCAGAACUCAGCGUACGCUAUAGCAGAUACAGGAUGUCAACGGCAGGUAGCAGGUCAAGCUUGGCACAACCUCAAGGUUUCGGAGAUAUCACCCCUGCAACGGCUGGAGUACCCGGACAAGUGUCGUUUUUCCUUCGGCCCCAACAAAGCAGUCCCGAGCCUCGGUCGGUUCAUCUACCCCGCAUCGAUUGCAGGCAUCCCCUUCGGCAUAUCUUUGAGUGCAGUUGAAGCCCAAGCCCCAGCACUUUUGUCCAGAAGGGCCUUCGAGAUACUUGGUGCUGUUCCAGACGUUCACAAAGGUUCGGUUUAUUUCAGGGCGCUGAAAUGUUCAACGCAGCUGUGGCUGUCUCCGUGUGGGCACUUGGCUAUCCGUCUUGAUGAUUGGGGUGACCGUGAGUUCCAGUGGCCACCUGCUCAGAUACCAGCAGACCUCCCCGAUAUCGUCCGCCACCACAUGCCUCCUCCACCAUGGCUUCUUCGGUGGCGCAGACUGCUGAAGAACAUCAUGAACUUCGUCUACUACGUGAACACGAUGGUUCUGCACUACUCCAUGACGGCUCUCCAUGGCUCCCUGAAGGACCGAGUGUUGAGCACCUUUGGCACUCCGUGCACGGCCAGGACGCUGCUGACGACGACAGCUGCUCUGACGGCUCAGUCAGGCCUGACCUCUCAGGAGUACAUGAAGAAGCCGGAGAAUUGCAGCCACCCGUCGGGUCUUCGAGGCUACGGAGCCGGCGGGGUCAAGAUCAAGAUCUGCGACUUAUGCGGCUCCCGCUGGGUGGUGACACCGAAGGGCAUGGUUCAGGCUACCCCAAAGGCAGCUCCUCAGGCCAAAACCCCGUUGAACCUGCCCGACAAGGUGACGAAGGAGCUGCGCAAGAAGAAGGACGACGCCGGCGAGGCUCGCGGUUCCAACGACCAGGACUGGAACGCUGCAGUGGACCACGAGGACAUGUCGAACUGGGUGGAGCCCAACAUGUUCGACCUGGAGCCGCACGACCACAUGGAAGGAUCGGAGGGAAGCCAGUUCGAUCCGAACGACUUGAUUCCUCCCGAGGGCUACGAGGAGGACUACGGGGAGGACAGAGGAGCCUUCCGACCCAAGACUGGAACUUUGAAAAGAAUCUUGGGCAACGAGCGGGCCAUUCGAUCAGCUUGGCAAGUCGAAACCUCUGUGUACGAGACGCGGGCCCAACGAGCCCGUCAGAUGCGGAGGUACUACAGCGACAUCCUGGAGGUCUAUGGCGGCAAGGCCGAGAUCACUGCGCAAGCUCUUCGCGCAGGCCUCCGUGUUCUACAACCAGUCGACAAGGUCUACGGCCUCUCCUUGGACCUCAAGACGGACUUUGCCAAGCUCCAGGACGUGAUCACGCAGCACCGGCCGUACCUGCUGGUGUAUGAAAUCCCCUGUACGGCCUGGUCAAGCAUACAGCGCCUGAACUACAAACCUCAUGAACUUCAAUCCUUGCAGGCGACGCAAACCACGGCCAUACGACAAAUGGUGGAGACCAUCAUGAAAGCUGCACGUGACUACGGCGGACACUUCCUGUUGGAGAACCCCGCCCACACUGAUUUCUGGAAGCAACCUGAUGUACUACGACUUUAUGAACUUCCUGAUGUGCAGCUUCGAGUCGGAUGUAUGUGUCGUUUUGGCUUGAAGGAUAAACAUGGCAAGUUGGUGAAAAAGCCAACUGCGUGGAUGUCUGACCUCCCCCUCAUCCUCGAUCAGGUGGCCCUACCUUGCCUUUGUGCCGGUGGUACCCACGGUGAAGUUAUGGGAGGCAGCAGCAAAAUUUCUCAAGUUUACACCCCCGAGCUGGCCCAGGCGGUGGUUCGUGGACUAUGUGAGUCCCUCGAAGCAGAUGGUGAUGAGCGUUUUCUACAGGCGAACUACGUCGACCACGAGACUGCGGUGAACCACCUGUGUCACGACGUCGGCGAGUUCUCCAUCUUCUUCCUGGACGUGAAUCGCCACGAGGACUCCUGGCUGCCUCUCCUCCAAGAAGUUGAUCAGCAGCUACAAGGCAAGGUUCGACCGGACAAAGUGAUUCCACUGAACACACCGUUUGGUGAGCAGCUCAAGGCUUUGGUGCCUUGGCAACUGCAGCGGAUACAAGUCUGCAGGACAUCUGUUCAACGACGCCUUCCACUUGAUGUACUACAAGCCGGCGCGCAACAUCGAGGAGCCGCCCUGUGGUUGUCAGACGGCUCCGUGAAGGUCGAGGCUGAGGCGGUGGCGACAAUUUUGUCACAAUCCGCUAACAAGUUUGCCUCUCCUGUUCGGGCGGCCAUCUUCUUCUUUGGCACAGCACCCGAGACGAGUCUUAACAAGGAGCAAAACGCACGACCGGAGCCAGCCGUGCGAACUCAAGAAGCAGCCGAACAACCUGAAGACACGUCUUUGCUGCGACCUCAUGAACCUGGUUAUCGUGAUAUAACUUUUCCAGGUGCUCCCUCGGCGCCCAAAUGGCUCCUACAAGUGCUGAGACGUGUGCAUACCAAUUUGGGACACCCCUCAACAGCCACACUAGUGCGGCAUCUAUCAGCAGCUGGAGCUUCCGAAAUAGCUGUGCAAUGUGCCCGUCGACUUCGGUGUGAAGUUUGUCGUCGAGUUCAACCACCACGACAGCCACGUCCCGCCAAGCCCUUCAACCCUCAACGGUUCAACGAUCGUCUGGGCUUGGAUGUCCUCUGGCUGAAGGACAUACGAGGCAAAGUUCACGGCUAUCUGUCUCAGGUGGACGAAGCCACCUGUUACCACGUGCUCAACUACUUGCACGACCGCUCCGAGGAAGAAGUCAUGCGGGUGUUGAUCAAUGGCUGGAUGAGUUUCUUUGGGCCCCCGGAUGCAAUGGUUCUCGACGCAGAUGGUUGCUUUCGCGGCUACAGGUUCGAGACCCUGCAGGCUCAGUGUGCCACGCAGGUGCGCUAUGUUCCUGCGGAUGCGCAUUACCAACUGGGCCGCACGGAACGGCACGGCCAGUCCAUUCGCUACAUCGUGCAGCGCUUGGUGAGCCAGUUCGCACCCAUCGGCGCCUCCGAGCUCAACGUUAUUGUGGCCAUGGCUUCCUUUGCCAAGAAUAACCUGUUGAACCGUUCUGGCAGCAGCCCGGCACAAUGGGUUUUCGGCCGCAACCAUAAGUUGCCCGGUGCGCUUCUUUCUUCGGGUGGCAAUGUGGAAUCCUGUCAACUUGCCAGCGACUCCCAACGUCUUCAACGUAUUGAAGCUAUCCGGGCUGCAGCUAUGUGUGCGUUUCAUCAGUUUGAGUACGACAGCGCCCUUCGCAGCUCCCUGCUGCGCAAGCCUCGCCCCUUUCGAGGCCCGUUCUACGAAGGACAGCGUGUGGCCUACUUUCGCCAGAAGAACGCCCUCGAUGGCGAGGGUAGUGUGGAAGGGUAUCGUCAAGGUACUGUCGUUGCUGUCGAUCAAGGUCAACUUUGGAUCCGCAACUCCCGUGGCCGUUUGGUCUCUUGCAGUCGCGAGCAAGUUCGAGAUGUGGCCGGCGAGGAGGAGUGGUGGGCACCAAGUCCGUCCGACUUGGACCUCUUGAAAAAAUCUGACCAGGAUUUGAGCGAAAAGCACUCCCUCGCCUUUCGUGCGGAGGACCGGCCCGGGCCUUUGCAGGAUCAGGCAGCUCUUGACGCUCUGGACGCGCCACCCUUUGCCGGCGGAGCAGCAACAGGUGCCGUUGGUGGCGCCACUUAUGCUGGUUCCUCCGACACCACGAUCUUCUCCGAGCACUCCGCGACCAAGAGGUUCCAGAACAGCCUACACCACUUCCAGAACAGCGUGCACCACUUCCAGAACAGCGUGCACCACUUCCAGAACAGCGUACACCACUUCCAGAACAGCGUACACCACUUCCAGAACAGCGUACACCACUUCCAGAACAGCUGGGGUCCGUUACAGAUCAGUUAUCAGGAUCUGCAGCAGGAGCUACUGCUGCUAGAGUGCAGCCGGGCGACUGCGGUGAACAACAUCGAGUCAUGGAAGGGGGUGAUGGAGCGGGAAGCUUUGAACAAGUUCUUUUCUGAUGAGCCCAAUUCCGCUACAUUUGCGCCCGUCGACAACAACAACGACUACACCGCCAAUUUGGCAAGCAAGAACCCCACUCGAGACGAGAGUACACGCGGCCUUCAGCGUUUGGAUGUGUUACAUCGUCACGGCCGCGAACGUGUCUGGCAAGACGGAUGGGAUGGCAGCCCGAGCGAACUUCAACCCUUCUUUUGCCAGACCAGCUAUUUGAGCGCUGCCCACAAGUUCGGCGACCAUGAUGAGAACGCCCCGCGCCCCAAGCGUUUUCUCUCGGAGGUAUGGGCCCGUCGACUACUGCGAGCAAAGGAUUUUCGACCUGAGGCGUGUCACCAGCUGCUCGACGCCACCAACCUCAUGAGCGUCAAGCGUGGAUGUCUGGAAGACAAGGGCCGAUCAGGUGCCUUGGCUUUGGGCCUCUUCUCUCAUGGCGGCUUCAGUGGCGUGACCCGCUGCAGCAACACGCACAAGCAGCUGUCCCGCUACCUCCUUAAGUACCUGCGUUUUCACGGCAUGGACGGCUCGGUGACCUCGCUCUACAUCUCCCGCAACACGAAAGCUGCGGCGCACCGGGACUGUCACAACCUCAAAGGCAGUGUGAACUGGAUACACCAGCUGGGUCGCUACACCGGCGGUGAACUCUGGGUGGAAUGCCGAGACCAAAAGAAUCCCCCUGCGGAUGCUACAUGGAAGGUCCUGAAUGGCAACCGCGUGUAUGGCUUCCUCAUCGACGCCAAGGACCGGACCAUGUGCUUUGACCCGGAACUCCGCCACGAGACCCAGCAGUUCAAGGGCGACCGCUACUCCAUCACAGCCUAUGCCAGCCGGAGCAUAGUGCAUGCCGAUCCGGAGCUACGACGGCGUCUACGCGACCUUGGCUUCCUGUCCAAGGCCAAGAUGGAUGUCUACUUCGCAGAGAUGCACGAUGAUGGCACCGAAGAUGAGGACGAGCCAGUGCAUGAGGCCUAUCCUCUGCGGGCUUGGCAGACCCCUGGAGAAGGCGAGGCAGCCGUGAUGGAGAGCUCGGGAGAUGAAGGUGCUGAUGGCACGAAAGAACCCAUGUCCCGGGUACAAAAGCAGGCGCUCAAGAAGGAGCUCCCCUGGCAGGCGAUGAGUGCGGAGGAGAUCCCCAAGUUCGCCCAAGCCCUGGUGGACGAAUGGGCGGAAUGGCAAAAAUGGUCCUCCUGUCGACUGAUGUGUGUGUUGCAAUGGUCAAGCACGAACCAAGUCGACCUGCUCAACGGAGAUUGCCAAAGUGCCUUUUUGCAAGGGGCUCCAGAUGAUGAACGUCCUACCAGCAUCUUUAUGAGACCUCCGGAUGAUCCGGUCAGCAAGCAGGCCAUCCCCGAAUGGUUGCAGCCGGACCUGCUCUACAAACUCAGCGCACCGGUCUACGGACAAGCAAACGCGCCGAGGAGAUGGUACAUUCACGUCCGCAAGGUCCUGACUGAGCUGGGGUGGAUUACUCACACCUUGGACCCCUGCCUCUUCUUGUUUGUCGAGAGGAUCAAGGGCACCGACACCGUGGUAGCCGUGCUGGGCCUCCACGUCGACGACCUCAUCCUUGCAUGCCUGAACGGCUUCAAGCAUCACCUGGACGCCGUGCAUGAGUCGUUCACCUGGAGCAAGGCCUGGGAAAGCCGCGACUUUGUCUUCGUGGGCAGGAGGAUCCGGCAACACCCGGACCACUCCAUUACGGUGGACCAGGCAAGUUACGUUUCCGAGGUCCCAGUGACGAAAACCAAGCUGGACCCCACGGAGCUGCUGUCGAACCACCCGGAGCUGAUCACCGAGUUCCGAUCGGGAAUCGGAAGUCUGCAGUGGCUUGCCAGCACGACCCGCGGCGACAUAUCCUCAGAUGUGUCGCUCCUACAACGACCCCCGCCUGAACUUACUGUGGCGGACUUGCUGGAAAUCAACGCGGUUCUGCGCUAUGUGAAGGCCACGAACGACGCCUACUACAAGAUAGUCUCCGUGCCCUGGAACGACAUGCUCCUGGUGGCCUACGGCGACUCAGGGUUUGGCAACGCUCCGAAUGGCAAAAGUCAGGGCGGCCUAGUUGUGGUUGCAACCUCGAAGCAAGCGUUGGAAGGCCCACGAGAGGCCUCACUGCUGGAGUGGCGCAGCUACAGACAUCAAAGAGUGCUGAGAAGCACUUUGGCAGCUGAAGCUGCCUCCCUGGACAAGGCUGAGGACUACGGCAACUUCCUGGCGGCCAUGCUCUCUGAGAUGCACGAUGCGAGCCACCAGGCAACUAUGCGAGCUCCCCAGAUUGAGGUUGUGCCUGUUACGGACGCCAGAAGUCUUUGGGACGCGGUACACCGCCUCACCACAAGCUUCCAGGAGAAGAGGGUGGAAAUCAGUAUUGCCGCAUUACGACAGCAGUGCCGCAACCUCCGCUGGGUCCCGACGGAGAUGCAGAUGGCUGAUGCUAUGACAAAGCGGAAUCGUGCUUUGCGAGAUCAGUUUCGCGAAUGGAUGUCUUCGCCCAUCGUGACUCUGGUGGAAAGCCGUAGCCCAGAGGACAUCUCCUUGCCGGGACAAGCCAACGAUCCCUGGCGUGUGUCUAAAGGACAAUGA